AUAUCACGUGACCGGAAAUUUUCUGUCAGCUGUUAAAGCAACAAUAGCGUCUUGUCUUCACAGAUCUAGUGCUUCGGAAAAGAUGGCUUUCCCAAAUUCCCACAACCCAUUUGCUGAUGAUGAUGAAGAAGAAGAUUUCAGGCCUAAAAAAAACAGAGGAUUUGAUGAGGAUGACUUUGGUGACAGCAGUUUAAGUGAAGCAGAGAGAAGACAAAAGUACUUAGAGCAAGAAGUGAUGCAUACUGCUAAGUCUGCAGUGGACAGUAGCUACCGUUCUCUUGGUCUCAUCUAUGAGUCAGAGAAGAUGGGCAUUGAGACGGCAGAGGAACUCAUGCGUCAAGGAGAAGCUCUGAAGAGGACGGACAAGAUGCUGGACAACAUGGAUCAGGACCUAAAGACGAGUCAGAGGCACAUCAACAGUAUCAAGAGUGUGUGGGGUGGAUUAGUGAAUUAUUUUAAAGGAAAACCUGAGACAAAGCCACUUCCUGAGGAGCCCAAACCUUACCAGGCCAGUGACAGAUUGCAGAAUGCCUUAUCUAAUAGUAGAGGCCAUGAAGAUAAGUACCAAGCUAGCCACCCCAAUCUGAGAAAGCUUGAUACUGGAGGGUUUGGCGCUUCUUCAUCCACAGAUGACAGCUCAUAUGGACAAAAUGGUUACCCUAAAAACAAAGUACUAAAAGAGGCACACCAAACCCUGGACAACAACCUAGAUGAAAUGGCAGUUGGUCUUAAAAGACUGAAAGGUCUUGGACUGGGUCUGCAGUCUGAAAUUGAUGAUCAAGAUGCCUCCAUUAAUUCUCUCUUAAAUAAGGUUGACAACAUGGAUCUAAAGAUUAAUAACACAAACCAACAGAUGAAAAGACUUAAAUAAAAUAUCCCGAUAAAUAUUCCCGAUAAAACUCUUGUCUCAAGUUGCUCACUUUUAGGCCGAUAUGUUACAUGCUUUUUUAUUAUUCUUAAUUGGUGUGCACAGUUCUGUCAAAGGUUGUUGUGCAGCCUCAGUCCAGAUAUUAGCAUACUGCCUUAAUGUAUAUUAUUGUGCAUUGUGUACAGUAGUUUUACAGAACAUUUGUUCAGAAUUCAACAAACUGCCAAGAUAUCCAUCACUGUGUCCUUAUCUGCUGUUUUGUCAAUUCAGUUUUAAUUUCUGCUCCUUUGCUUUUUAUCAUCUGAAGAUAUUAAUAACCACCAAACUUUAUGCUUGCUACAUAUAGCAGCCAUAUAAUGUGAACCACCUUAUUCAAACUUAUUUUAAAAUGUAUGAGAUUAUGAGAUAUAAACAUAUCAACUGUUGAUACUGAUCUUAAAUAAUCUUAUUUGCUUUAAUUGUUUGUUUUCUGCCAACGUGUAUGAAUGUGGAUUGUCCAAUAAAAUGUCAAAUGAUUCUG